AGAAGAAGCUUCACAUGUCCCUUCUGCAGCUGUCGUCGUCACCGCCUGGAAAGUCUCUGCUGCUCUUCGUCGGAGCGAACACCUAAUUCGGAAAAAAAAAAAAAAUGGCACUGAUGGGAAUCCAGCUGGUGGUCAGUUUGCUGACCGCCAGCAUCAUGCAGAGGAUGGCGCCACAUUGCUCCUUUGCACGCUGGCUCCUCUGCAAUGGCAGUCUGUUCCGGUUCAAGCACCCAUCCGAGGGGGAGCUGUGUGCACUCGCUGGGAAACAGAUGCCCAAAACAAAUAGGAGAGACAGGAGACAAAAUGGAGAGAACAAGCCUCUCACUGUGCCCAGAGACAUCAACCUUCACCUGGAGAAAGCUCCAGUCAAUCCCAUGGAUGCCCUCGUGCUGCGUUUCUUCCUGGAGUACCAGUGGCUGAUUGACUUUGCCGUCUACGCGACUGGCGUCUUCCUUUUCACUGAGUGUUACUACAAUGUGGUGGAUGCCAGCAAGGAGGUGAAUAUUGGCGCCAUCUGGUGUGUUCUCACCGUUCUUUUUGGCCUCAAAACACUCCACACGCUGAUGAGCCACUACUUCCGCUCAGAGGAGGGCGGCGAACGUUCCGUGUGCCUCGCUUUCGGCUUCCUGUGCCUGUUGGUAGCCAUGCUGGUACUGGUGGUCCGGGAGGACUACCUGGAGUUCGGCUUGGAGUCGGGCUUUUCCAGCCUCUUCGACAACUUGGAGGUGUUCGCCAAGCAGCAGGGCUACGCUGACUGGUCGAUCCCCGUCACCAAGCUGACCGUGAAGCUCAGCCUGGCCGCCUUCUGCGCGUACGUCGGCGCCCUGAUGGCGUUCCCUGGAUUGCGUCUGGCUCAGACUCACCUGGAUGCCGUGCAGAUGAACUCGGAUCGUCCACUCAUUCAGAUUUUACUACACAUGAGCUUCCUAUCUCCGGUUGUCGUGUUGAUUCUGUGGGUUAAACCCAUGGCCAGGGACUUCCUCGCCAACGCGCCCCUGGGGAAAACCUCUGUCACGCUGGUGUCCAGCGACGCCUUUGACAGCGUGCGGCUGUGGACCGUGGUGGCUCUGUGCGUCCUGCGGCUAGCGCUAAUCCGCUACCACCUGCAGGCCUACCUCAACCUGGCUCAGAAGUGGGUCGAGCAAAUGAAGAAGGAAGCUGGGCGUAUUGCCGCCAUUGACAUUCAGAGGAAGGUUACACGUGUGUUUUGCUACCUGAGCGUAGUGACUCUCCAGUAUGUGGUUCCAGUGCUUCUCAUCCUCUUCUCCACGCUGGCCCUCAAGGCACUGGGGGGAUUCUCUUGGGGGGGAGCAAGUGCGGACGAGACCCCCGGCGUGAAGCCCGCCUCGCCGAUGCCCACGGCGGCGCCAGUCAUCUCGGGUGCUCUGGACGAAGACGAGGAGUUAUUCGAGGACAUGGAGGAGGACAUCCAGGUCACGGUGGCGCGCCUUUUGGAGAUGUUGGCCGCGCUGCGCUCCGUUCUCACACCACUCUUCUUCAGGGGCUUCUUCGCCUUCCUUACCUGGUGGGUGGCAGCCUGCCAGGUGGUCAGCUCGCUUUUAGGCGUCUACUUCCACCAGUACCUUAUGCACAACUAGGAAGACACACGGAUGCACAGAGCUUUUGGAUGCUCCGAAACAUUGUUGCUCAGGUGAGACCGGAACCGGCUUCUGGUAUGAAAACAUCAUCAACAAAAAAGUCUUCCAAAAUCUUCCAUCUGCUUCACAACUUUAUGCAACAUUUCAGACUCAAUCCUGCUGCUUCAAAUGCUGCAUUCAACAUUUGACUUACUACAAUAUUUAUACAUAAGGCCUGCUGCACACCAAGUGAUACGGUCAAACAUGACUGAAGUUAUGCUUUGUGUGAGGGGUUCUGCAACUACUGCUGCGAUUCAAAAUGUUAAGGUCCCGUAUUUUGUCUAUUUAGACCUCUGUAGGAUGACUCUCUAACAUGGACUUAGUAUAAAAUUUUCAAUUUGAUUUAAAAUAAAAAUCCUUGGUUUUGUCAUACGCGUGUCCAGAAAAGCCCCUCUGACAACUACUUCUGUUUGACCUAGUUUUGUAUUCACUUUGUUCAUAUUUGGCUAAGACCCACUUGUGAGAGUACGUGUUUGUAAUGGUGAGAGCGCGGACUCUGGAACGGACAGGGAAGUCUGAGAUCUUUGCUCGUGAUGUAGAUAAGAUUGAUAAAUUUUAAUGACCUUGAUUUCAGGCCUCGGCAAAAAAAAACCAUCUGGAACUCAGGAAUGCAUGGACGAUUUUAAUUCAUAUUCCCUAUGUUUUCUGAGGCACCACAGAGACAAUAUACCUUCCCAAGUACUCCAAAAAGUUGGUUUGGCAAAAUAUAUCCCCUUUAAAUCGCAGGUGAAAACGGCAUCGCAAAGUUGCAAAUGUCACGGCCUAUCAAAAAGGCUAUCUCUUAACAUGAGCUUUCACAACACAAAUGUAUGUUUCCUGGUAUCAUGCGAGAUCAAGCCGGACGGCGCUAGGCUGAACUAAGACAGUGCAUACGAUAAUACACAACUACUGUAUAUAAUUUCAUAUGUACACCUGGAUGAGAAAGCGAAGCAUGGAGAGUCUCCGUAGCCUAAAUGCACGAGUGCAGCCAAUAAAUUGGGCGAUCAUUGCCAAGAGCCUUUCAAAUAGUCACACUCAGACUCCUCUUUUCUCGCUUUGUAUUAUUGUAAUAUAACUACAGCGGCCAGGGCAAUCCACGUGGCAAUGGCGCCACGUUGUUUGUGGUUCAAUAAUAAAAACUAUGCAGUACAGUAUAAGGUAUGUGGUUCCUCAAAACUUUGUUUCCUGAUGAGAACACCAGGGGUCGCAAUUUUUCUGUUGUAUUGAGUUUGUGUGUGAGGGUCAAUCACCAGGAGUGUGGGUGUAAGACUGUGAGUCAUAGAAUAUUUUGUCUCUGCUUGUCCAGUUCAGUCGCAUUCAACUCAAUGUGCAAAAACUGGGAAGUCUGCACUGAAAUGCUGCUCAACUAUAUUUCUAUGUCUCUGUAUGAAGGAGUAUUAGGACCUUAGAAUUGUUUUAAUAUAUAUAUAAUAUAUAUAUAUAUAUAUAUAUAUAUAUACACACAAGUCGAGAUCUUACUGGAAUAAAGUAUUUUUUUCUAAAGUGAAGUCCCAUUUUUUUCUUAAAAAAAAAAAAAAAAAAGGCAUUUUAUUAAAACAAAAAGUCAUAAGAAUAAAGUCAUCUUACGAGGGGAAGUACUAGGAGCAGCUUUUAAAUCGUGAAAAACCUUUUCACUGUUAGUAUUAGAUGUUCAGGAAAAAGAAGCACACAGAAACAAGCAUUCUGUUCGUUAAAUGAUCUUUGUUCUUGUAAUAUAACUUUUUGUUGUUGUCAGAUAUCCUUUCAUCGCCCAAAAAAAUCAACUGUUUGGCUUUACUUUACUUGGCUUAUAUUUUCUUUGCCACCUUAGCAUGGUAUCUAGCUAUUCCCAUGCUGUGAUGUAUUUUUUUGGGCCAAAAGCUGACAAUUUUCAAGCAGCUUUAUUUACUGCUCGUCAUUGGUGACGCAGUGUCAACAGUGACAGUUUGUACUUUUUAUUGGUGUGUUAUUGUAUCAUGUUAUUGUUUUAUUAAGGAACCGAUUCAAGAGUGCUAUUCUUAAUUUUUUUUUUGUGUGGUUGAACAUUUUUGUUAGUCAUCUACAUUAUCCCUCCAGAAUUCCUAAGUGCCUGAAAGCUGAAGGAUUUUUAACAAAACCUCCCUAUUUUUAACUGUUUUUAGUAAGUAGGUUAUAAUGAGAAGGAAUCAUGAAUCACCAGCUGUGUUUUUAGUUGCAGCAUCUUAAAUUGUUUUGUGAAAGUGGCAUUUAUUUAUUUGUUGGUGACAAAUUAUGACAACCAUUUCCUAAGAGGAAUUUACUUGUUCAUUUGAAGUGAUUUUGCUUAGGAUCAAUAGAGAUUAUACAAAAAGAUUCAGUAAUGUGAAGUGCAACUGAAUAAUCUUUUGAGGUUGGAAUGCAUGGUGUGUGUUUUUUGAUAAUUUUUUUUUCUUGCUAAAUUUUU